AUGGCUGGUGUAAUUUGGGGUCUGAUCUUGCUUUUCUCAGCAGGAAAGAAGGUCCUCAUCGUUUAUGGCCACCAGAGUUCAGGCUCGUUCAACGCCGCCGCUAAAAGCGCUGCUGUGGAGGUCCUGACUACUCAAGGGUGCACCGUGGAGGUAUCCGACCUGUAUGCCAUGAACUUCAAAGCCACCUGCACUGCUGAGGACAUCACCGGAGAAGUCAAGGAUGCGGAGCACUUCAAAUAUGCGGAGGAGACCAAGCUCGCAUGGGAGGAGCAAAAGCUGUCCGCUGACAUCAAGGAGGAACACCGUAAACUGACGGAAGCAGACCUCGUCAUUUUUCAGUUCCCCAUGUACUGGUUCUCCUUCCCUUCCAUCAUGAAGGGCUGGAUUGACCGGGUGCUCACACUGGGUUUUGCCUACUCUUCAGAGAAGAGAUACAGCCAGGGUGUCUUCAAGGAUAAGAAGGCCAUUCUGUCUUUCACCACUGGAUCCCACGAAUCCAUGUUCAGUGCCAAUGGGAUCAACGGAGACAUGAAUGUCACUCUGUGGCCAAUUCAGAAUGGCAUCUUGUACUACUGUGGCUUCCAAGUCUUGGCUCCCCAGAUCUUCUGGGCUCCGUCCUACGUCACCGCCGAGGCCCGUGGCGCCAUGCUGGAGGCCUGGCGCACACGUCUGCAGGGUCUCCUUGAAGAGAAGGCCGUUUCCUUCGCUCCCUCUGACUACUUUGAUGGGGAGAAGGGCUUCCAGCUGAAACCAGAGGUCCAGGAGGAACAUGCCGACAAGGAGUUUGGCCUGACGGUGGGAACCCACCUGGGAAAAGCGCUCCCACCCAACAACCAGAUGAAAGCGGGUGUGUGA